AUGUCUGCCUGUGUCAAGUUGGCUGCAUACGACUUUUUCUUAGUUGCAGCAAUACGAUCUGCUGUACAGAUACUACUCUUACAAUCGGCCAUAAUUAAGCAACAAAAAGACUUAUCCAGCGGUUGUAAGCGUCCACAAGUUUAUUUUGUAUUGGGCAGGACAAUCGCUGGCACAGUAUCUGUUUGUUGUCAGUUUUAUGCUUACCAAAAUAUGAACAUUGGCGAUGCUUCAGCUAUCAUUUUUUCAUCUCCUUUCAUCACUGGUAUUUUAGCUGCUAUUCUUUUAAAAGAAAGAUUUACCGUCUUCAAUUUACUAGCAACUUUAGUCAGCUUUGGUGGUAUUAUACUUGUUGCUAGGCCACCAUUUAUUUUUAGAUCGCAAGCUGAUGAUGCACCAUUUCGCUUUGCUGCAGCUAGCAUUGCAUUUGCUGCCUCUAUAGCUACCAGCAUUGCUAUUUUGAAUAUUAGAAAAAUUGGUAAUAAAGUCGACAGCUAUGUUAUCACUUAUUAUUUUUCAAUUGUUUGCUUUAUUGUGCCUAUAAUCAUAUUUUCUAUAACCACCUCUUAUCGAUUGCCCCAGUGUGGUGCUACAAGAUGGCUCCUAAUUGCUGUAGGAGUGCUAGGAUUUUUAGGCCAAAUUUCUUUCACCAACGCUAUACAGUUGGAGAAAGCUACAUUAAUCUCUAUCAUCAGAACCACGGAUGUGAUAUUUGGAUACAUAUUAGAACUGAUCAUUUUCGGCUCAUCGCCUUCCUUGCUCUCGAUAUUUGGCUCCCUCUUAAUCAUAGCUGGUGCAUCGGCCUUAGCAUUGAAAAAAUGGUAUGACAUUAAAUCUGACAGGAAGGAUUGUAAUCAAUCCAAAACAACAGAGCAAUCGAUAAAUCAACAUCAGGAUUUCACAGAGACGCAUUUAUAG